AGUAGCGGAAGCACGCAUGCGUGCAUGAACUCAGGCGUUGACAAGUGGAAUCUGUGGCUGUUUUUCGGAAGUUGAACCGCGUCUUGGCCCGUGUUUUCGUGGACGACUUCAAGAACGUUUGCAAGAUAUGAUCCAGCCUUGUGUUCUUUGGCACUAGAAACAGGAAAAGUGCGUUCCGUUCAAAAAUGAGAGACCCACUAGCCUCGUUACGGAAGACGGACUACUAUGGACUGGAAACAUCAACAACUGUGCAGGCAGAAGACAUCAGAAAAAUGAACAUCCUGGCAAUGACUAGGAGCGAGCCGAGUAGAACGGCUGUGCGAGGGGCCUGAGGAGGAUGUCUCGUAAUCGUCACGUGCUCCAGGUGCACGUGGGGGCCUUCAGUGGCCUUUAUGAAGCCCUCUCCAUAGAGGCAAGCAAGCAGACGACAGCAGCAGACAUUAUCUCCUGCAUAGCGGAGAAGCUUGGCCUCCAGGCACCCAAUGAGUUGGAGCUGGCAGAAGUAGUGCAGAAUGCUAGUGGCGAAGAAUGUAAAGAACGGCGUCUGGGCCCCUCUGAAUACCCGGUGGCCCUGCAGCUCCUGUGGCCCCAGGAAGACACGCAUUGCUUUUCCCUGCGUAAGCGCCUGGGACCCCCCACCACCUCUCACCUGGAUCCAACACUGGACGCCCAGCUGCUGCGGGAUCAGUUCCUGCGCUUCCUCUGCUUCCAGCCGCGGGAUCGCGAGUACCCGGAUCUCUGCCAACUUCCAGAUCUCACGGAGAGGACGCUCCUCGAGAACCUGCGUGCGCGCUUCUCUAGAGGUUACAUCUACACGUACGUGGGGUCCAUCCUGAUCGCUGUCAAUCCGUUCAAAUUCUACCCGAUCUACAACCCAAAGUAUGUUGGCCUGUACCAGAACCGGCGAUUGGGUGACCUACCGCCACACAUUUUCGCCGUGGCAGAUGCAGCCUAUCAUGCUAUGUUGCGAGGACGAUCCAGUCAGUGCAUCGUCAUUUCAGGAGAGAGCGGUUCAGGCAAGACUGAGAGCACCAAUCUUCUUCUGCAUCACCUGACGGCUCUCAGCCAGAAGGGAUCCUACGGCCGGGGGGUCGAGCAAACCAUUCUCAGUGCUGGACCUGUACUGGAGGCUUUUGGAAACGCCAAGACGAAGCACAACAAUAACUCCAGCCGGUUUGGCAAGUUUAUUCAGGUGAACUACAGGGAGAAUGGGAUGGUGCAUGGGGCUGUCGUACAAAAGUACCUGCUAGAGAAAUCUCGAAUAGUAUCUCACGCGAAGAACGAAAGGAAUUAUCACGUCUUCUACUAUCUCCUUGCCGGAGCUUCGGACGCCGAGAAGAGGGAGCUACAUCUGACAGCUCCGGAAGAUUAUCAUUAUCUAAACCAAAGCCAGUGCUAUAAGGUAGAAGGAACGGAUGAAGCGUUUGAAUAUAUGAGGCUGACGCAAUCGAUGGAGAUGGUGGGCUUUUCCGCGGACAAACGGAAAAAACUAAUCCGAGUGCUGUCCGCUGUACUGCAUUUGGGAAACAUUGAGUUCAGCAAGAAAUCUACAUACCAUAGUGAUGAAGCGGUGCAAGUGAAGAAUCCCGAUGUCCUGUCACUUAUAGCAUCUUUGUUAGGGGUGAAAGAGGAAACGCUGAAUUCUGCCCUCACCACGAAACGUGCCAAAGCUCCCGGAGAGACGGUGGUCAUCAGCUAUAAGAUGCCAGAGGCCAUUGCAACGCGAGAUGCCAUGGCCAAGUGCCUGUACGGUGCCCUCUUCGACUGGAUUGUGAUGCAGGUCAACCAUUCCUUGCUUUCUGCAAAGGACUUUCGGGAACACAGGGGUAACAGCAUAGGUGUGUUAGAUAUUUUUGGCUUCGAAGACUUUGGCGACCACAACAGCUUUGAGCAGUUCUGCAUCAACUUUGCCAAUGAGCACCUGCAAAACUACUUCAACCAACACGUCUUCAAGUACGAACAGGAAGAGUAUCAGAAGGAGGGCAUCCAGUGGAAAAACAUAGAUUUUACGGAUAACACAUUAUGCUUGAGUUUGAUUGAAGGUCGACCACACGGCUUGUUGUGCCUGCUGAAUGAUCAGUGCAACUUUUCUGGAGCCACGAAUGCAAUGUUACUGCAGAAGUUUCAAAACCAGCAUAAAACCAAUCAAUUCUAUGAGGUGCCACAGAAGCGGGAGAAUGCCUUCUUGAUCAAACAUUAUGCUGGCAAAGUCAAGUAUCAAAUCAGGGAUUUCAAGGAGAAGAAUGUUGACCUUAUGCGGCCGGACGUAGUGAUGGUGUUAAAAAGCAGCAGUGUCGCACUGGUUCGUGAACUUGUGGGGGCAGACCCUGUUGCAGUGUUCCGGUGGGCAAUCCUGAGGGCGUUCUUCCGUUCUUAUUAUGCCUUUCAGCGGAGCUCUCGAGCUCGAACAAACGGUAACAUCAAGAGGAGCUUGACGUACAAGGGGAACGAGAGUCCAGCCUCACGACAGACGACGUCCCCACGCCGGCCAUUGAGUGCGGUGAACACGAGUCCCGGAAACAUAGGAAGCCGCACAUCGAUGUAUGGAGUGGAGUCUUUCCUCGGCGCCAACGAGGCUCGGGUGCUGGAACGGGCCAACCAGAUCUUGGUUAAAAACCGGCAUACCAGGACUCGAUCGAGAGUUGAUAAGGGCUUGAAGAACCUGCAGAGUGUAAAAACUGUCGUGGGUAGAACUCAGCAACAGCCUCACAGGACUGGACGCAAACAACCGCCCACAGUCACAGCACAGUUUCAGGUGUCGUUGCAUCACCUGAUGGAGGCGCUGGGCCAGGCCAACCCGUUCUUUGUGCGGUGUAUCAAAUCGAAUGCAGAUAAGGUGCCAUGCAUGUUUGAUGAAACAGUUAUACUGCAACAAUUGAGGUACACCGGGAUGCUCGAAACGGUUAGGAUACGACAGGCUGGCUACAGUGUUCGCCUGCCUUCUGAGGAAUUUAUUCAGAGGUACCGCGUUCUACUGCCACGAGGCCUCCUGAGCUCACGAAACGACAUCAGAGAUUUCCUCCUCCGAAUGAAUCUGGAUCGCAACAACUAUCAGAUGGGAAAGACGAAGGUGUUCCUGAGGGAGAGCGAAAAGCUGAAACUGGACGAGAACUUGCACCUGGAAAUCCUUCGCAGAAUCAUCACAGUCCAGCGCUACAUCAGGGUGUGGUUCUUGCGGAGGAAGUUUCUUCAGCUCAGGAGCACAGUCAUACGACUACAGGCUUACUCCAGAGGCCACCUUCUCCGACGCCAGCUGGCACAGCAGAAGAUGCAACACGAAGCUGCCACCGUCAUUCAGCGAGCGUGGAGAAGCUACCUCAACUCGCGCUGGUUUGUUCAGCUGCGGCACAGGGUCGUACCUUUCCAGGGUGCCUGCCGAGGCUACCUCGUACGGAACAGAAUAAAGAUGCAGCAGCGGGAAGAAUCGGUAGAAAAAUUCCGCACGUCAAGGUCCCGGGGCAGCGGCAGCCGUCUGUCGAACGGAAGGCUUUCGUCACGAGAGUUGAAGACGCAGCGGUCCAUUGACUCUGAGGAGAAUAGCGGCGUAAACGACGACUCGGAAAACGACAACCCCGUCUUUGAAGGGAGCACGGGAACAGCGUCGCCCCCAGUUUCACCCGUUCCAAGGGCUCCCUUAGCCAGGGAAGAGUCAACCUUUAGGGACAAGACUGCUCUGAUUCACAUGUUGAGCACAAGCGAAGCGAGCAACCUCCAGAUAAGAAGCAGGGAACCAUCAAAGAUGCCAAUAAGAAAGUGUCUGUCCGAGAUUGCGCAACCGGACAACGUGUACGUCAAGCAGGGCCCAGAGCAUCAGAAGAAGAGGGUACCCUCGGGGAACAACUACGCGGAAGAAAACGCCCACAAGGAAGGAGCGCUCCAUAAGGCUCGCAAACACUUCAAGACGUUCAUGGGCAGCAAGAAAGAGAAGAGCAGGGAAGACACGGACGAAUCGGGCGGGGAAGACGCCGUCGGGCCACGUGACUUGCCCUGCUCGGAACCGAUGCCCGAAUCGGCGAAACGUAGCGCACAUUUAUUGAAGAACACCAACGUGCGCUCCAAGGGCGAAGUAUGUGCUGUGUGCGAACGUGGCCUGACGCCGUUCCAGGCUUGCCAAAAAUGCACACGGUGCAAGACGCACGUUCACGCAAAAUGUUCGCACCUUGCCGAGAAGUUUGCGUGCAGACCUCCGCUGGAACAGCAAUCGAGGGUCGGCGGAAUGCCUCCGCAGCAGCAGCAGCAGAACAACAGCGGGGGAGCCGGCACGGGCACGUGGAAUGUGACCCGUACGGCUGAGUUCCGGGAUCCCGGCGACAUUCUCAUCACGGACGUGUCGGAGUUACGGAAUCUGGACACGUUUCUCGUCAAGAAGGCGGGACGACUCGGCGAGACGGGGAAGAAGAGGGCGUCGAAGGUGGACGUGGUGUUCCGCAAGGCGCUGAAGAAGUUCAAGUCGAACCUGAUCAGCACGUACUCGGCCGCGUCUCAGGACGGAACGUUGUGCCUUCAGUAUCGGGAUCUGACGGACCACUUUGUGCAAGUGCUGGAGUCUGUGAUUGCGCAGGAAGGGACGCCGGGAGGAGCAGAGUCGUUCCCGGUCACGAUGGCCGUGAAUGCGUUCCGCGGUUUUCUCGAUGAAUUUAGGAAUAUUUACAGGAGUGAGAACAAGCCCAAGGGGAAGAACAAGAAACGGAAGCGGAAAAAGAAAGUCAACCAAAUAGUGGAACACUGUGGCCACAUCUUUGCCAGCAUGGUAAUCAACAUUCCAACAUCCUGCGAAAUAUGCAGCAGCUCAAUGUGGCUCACUGAGAAGGGACUUGUGUGUCAAGGAUGCAAGCUAACAUGCCACAAGAAGUGCUACCAGAAGGUUACCUUGUCAUGCAAAGAUGUCUGUGUCCAACAGGGUCGCAAAGUAUUCGGAGUCAUAUUGGACCGCCUGGUGACGGAAGAAGUGCGGAUACCUCCGAUAGUGGAGCGGCUGAUAACGGCCAUCGAACUAAAGGGCCUUUACACGGAAGGCAUUUACCGUAAAUCGGGCAUCACCUCUAAGGUGGCGCAGCUGAAGCAAGAAAUUGACGAAAACCCAGAGGGUGUGGUUUUGGACCAGUACCCCGUUCACGUGCUCACUGCCACGCUGAAGGCCUUCUUCCGCGAGAUGCCGGAGCCUCUCAUGACAUCUGAGCUUUAUGAUAGCAUCCUUCUGGCUACAAACUUUCAAGACCCCGAAGAACAGGUUCAAGCAAUAUUUUUGGAGACGAAGAAGCUUCCACCGGCUCACUACGACCUAUUUGAGAGGCUCAUGUUCCACCUUGCCAGGGUGGCACAGCACCAGGAAUUCAAUCGUAUGUCUCCAGAAUCCCUGGCCAUAGUGUUUGCUCCUUGCAUUCUACGUACAAACAAGCAGCUUCAGGCACAGGACACCUUGGACUGCGUUACCAAGCAGACCAUAUGUGUGAAAUGCAUAAUUCAGGAACAGCUUCAUAAAGUGCAGACAACUCUGGCAGACAUUGACACACUUGACUCCGCUGUCAACACUGUUGUCACUCGCCUGAGCUCACUGCGAUCGUCACGGCUUCCACAUGUGCAGGAAACCAAUGGGAACCAGGUGGUCUCCACGAUUGGGAGGGAAGACGACGACGAAGAGGCGAUUCUCACCCAGCAGAUUGAGAACCUGCAAAAGGAGAAGGCACUGUUGACGACAGUACUUCCAACACUGCAGUUAGGCUACAGUGGUUCUGACGACGACCUCCUAAGCACAGACAUGGACAGCACUGCGGGUAGCCUGGAUGACAUUCGGCCGUGCGAUGACACAGCAGCUGCGGCAACUCAGACUGACGCGCGACACCACCCCAAAUCUCGAGUGAGCAUUCCCCUGAGGAGGCUACAGCCCCGGUUUUCGCCUCCCGACGCCGGUCCAGGCCUCUCGGAGUCUAAUGACACGACUGUGGUGUCCCUCUAUCACCGCAAGCCGUCAGACGCGGACGAGGAGGCCAUCAUGGUUUGACCCGUCGUGUCCAUUUCACGAGGGGGAAAGAAAAAAAAAAAAGGACAGUUUCGACCAGGUUGAUUACGCAGCAGUAACGGUUCGUCUGUUGUGCCGCCAGAACGUCAAGCACUCUGAAUGCAGUGUCGUUUCCUCGGCAUGAUACUCGGAGGGAGAUACCAUCCAGACAUUAGUCUGCACUCUGUGAUUCCUCGACUUUUAAAUGUGUCUCUCGACUGUCCUGCUGUUCAAAGUGAGAAGCCACGAUUCCAAAGUGGCGCGUCGAAGCAACGUGUGUCACCUUCCUUUUUUUUUUUUUAUUAAGGAUGUAUAUGUGAUUGGAAUUCCUGUGUGGGUUCCACUGCAUAGGCAAGUACGCAUCUUCCCCUUCCCUCUCGGGUACACGUGCACCUGUUGGCCGCAGGAGUGCACGAGCCGCAGGAUUUUGACUCCCGCAUUUGGACUUGCUUCCAGAGUUUUCGUGACUCAAAGUAACGUGCUUCCGUGUUGGAGAUGCUGGAUCGUAAAGCAAAGCAAGAUGGUCACGAUCUUCGAGGCUUUGACGUUUCCUCUCGUUUUUUUUUAUGGGAUCGUAUAGGACUUACGGAUCUUAACGAAGUAUUCACUGUAAGAGAAGUUACACAAACAACAUCCUACCGUCCUCAUUUAUGUGGGCGCCUCACCCUGUCAGUGUGAGUGGGUUGGUCCAGUGUCGCAGUCAGUAUUAGGAAACGCAUGCGGUGUUGCGUCCUGAGCUCUGCUUGUAUUUUCAGACGUUCAGUCUUUCUCUUUUAUUUUAUUUUUUUCCGGUAUAUGAGUAAUAUUUCGGUGACAUUCCCCAUUACUUUACAAACAGUUUUUAAUACGAUUCACUAGAAACGGAAGGGAAAGGGACAUGUUUGUGUCGGCUCUCAUGACAGGUUACGUUUCGGCAGUUCCUGGUCUUCCUUUCUGUUUUUAACUUCUGUAUUUACAGGUUCCUUUAUUUUUAUUGUUUGCCUUAUACUCUGAGGGAAAUGUAUCAUUAGGAACAUGACAGUUAAAAGAAGGCUUUACAGCCAUUUCUCUUUGCUAAGUGGGGUUCAGAUAACGAGAGAAAAAUCACUGGCCCCCCCAAACUAAACAGGGAUGUCAGUGCUUGUCCACAGUUUCAUGUAACUCGUUUGACGCAUCCGAAACAGCUCCGUUAAGAGCUGCGCUCCGUGCUAUGUGUUGUCAAUGCCAUAAAAACCAUUCGCCCAUCUAGUCAGAGCCAAUCAAAAAGUAAAUUCCCCCCGCAUAUAUUUAACUGAUCUGCCCAAGUAUGCUGUAUGUAGCCCACGUGUACUAGUUUUAAACGCAUGGACUAUCAGAGCCUCACUGCUACGUUCACAGCCAAAUGUAGUAGUUUCUUUUUUUUUUUUUUGGAAUGCCAUCGCUUGUAGAAUGGAAGAGAUGUUCUACGCAACUUGUGAUGCCAAAUGGUGCACACUGCAAGCAUGUACAAUAUUUACCCGCAGUACAUAUAGUAUGUACGGACUUGUUUUUUUUUUUCCUCUCUGCAGUGUUCUGGCACCCAACUUGCUACAAACUGAGAAGUACUCGACAGUGUCAAACCAGAAAGAUUUCUUAAGAAAAGUAUUUAUAUGUUGUAAAAAAAAAAAAGUGUUUUUGUUACUGUUUUAAAAGUUUUUUGCCGUCGGUGUGUAGAUGAAAGUGCCUUGAACGAGCUCGAAGGGCGCCGCACGGCCCGUAGUGGAGCUCUUUGCAUAAUGGUGUGUUUCACCGAGGCAACAUGUUGACCUGAUGUUUGCUUCCGAAUGUUUUUCAAACUCUAUUGUGUAAAAGUUAGCUCAUCAUGCAUUGUAUAGUUUUAUGUGUGUACAUUCUGUGCUCAACAUUUUGUACAAGGAACAGUGUUGUACUUUGUGAUGGCUUUUAAAAUUAAAUAAUGGAAGAACAAGA